CGUAGCCCGGACCAGCCGCUCCUUCCUUAUGCUGAAAAUGUCUUCGCUACGAUGGUCACCAGCCACUACAAAUGACCAACGACGGAGACCAGGAGGAGAAGUGUGCUCCAGUCAAAGACUAAAUGGAGAACUUGGCUCCAGUCAAGCAUAUGAAGGAGCAUCAUGUUGCAGUCAUAGAACAGGAGAUUUGUGCUCCUUGUACAGACCAGCAGAUAAAUUGUCCAGUCUCAGCCAAAGAAGAACAAUGCGCUCCAGUCAAACACACGAGGGAGAAAUGUCUUCUAGUCAGAAUUUCGAAGCACUUCCUGCAAGUCGGAAGCUAAAAGGCCUGUACUCCACUCGGAGGAUAGGUAAAGGAUGGUUCACCUUAACAAUAGCUUUGAUUGCGCUGGCGUUGAUAUUUAGCCUUUUGAUUCCUGGUGCUGCGGCAGUGUCAAAGAAAGUUUCAAUAUGCAUAAAGAACUGCCAGUACUGCAAGGAGAUGUACCACGAUCACUUCGAUGGCGGCAUGUGUGCAGACUUCUGUGUCAGAGGUAGAGGACGGCAUAUCGUUGACUGUGGAGUGGAGAACUCUAUAGUGCCCUUCUUUCUACAGCGACUUGAGUGAACUUCUCGGAGGUGUAAAACAGC